UCAUUCAAGAUGGCGGCGCACUGUGACAGGUCGUGAGUUAAAACACGGAAAGUUAGGAGACAAUAAGUUCAAUAAAACGCCUUUUUUUUUUUCUUUACAGCAUAUUGCGAUGAAAGGACUAAGUCAUUAAAUGGUGUUUAAUACCUUCACGCCAUUGUAGUCAGUUGUGAAGAAGUGGCGUUAAAGCAAAUACAAUGAUUGUACCUCCAUGGAUGCGACUACCCUGUCUAGUCUGCUCCAUGCCGGCAAAAAGGACAUUGAGCCUCUUCUCUGGCCCGGGACCUUCAAACUGGAGUAAAGUGGUGUCUGACGCCGAGAAGAUUGUGGGUUAUCCAACGUCUUUCAUGAGCCUCCGCUGUCUGCUCAGCGAUGAGCUGAGUAACGUCGCCAUGCACGUCAGGAAGCUGGUCGGCACUCAGCACCCUCUUCUCAACACAGCCAGAGGUUUUGUCUAUGACAGCAAGAACAACCUUCAGAUGAGAGGACUGGUUGUCCUGCUUCUUUCAAAAGCUGCCGGACCAAAUCACACUUCUUCUGAUCUCUUAGCCCAGGACAUGGUCAGUGGCAUCUAUCCCAGUCAGCGAAAUUUGGCUGAAAUCACAGAGUUGAUCCACACAGCUUUCCUGGUGCAUCGUGGAAUUGUCAAUUUGAAAGAACUGACGGUUUGUGAUGGCCCACUGAAGGACAUGGAGUUUGGCAAUAAGAUGGCUGUUCUGAGCGGUGACUUCCUGCUUGCAAAUGCUUGUACUGGAUUAGCCCAGUUGAACAACACUAAGGUCGUUGAACUGAUCUCCAGUGCCAUUGGUGAUUUAGUUCAAGGAGUCUACUCUGAGAAUUCUAACAACACUGAGGACAAUAGUAUCAUUGCUGGUGUCGACGCUGCAACGUGGGAGGAGCAGACAUUCCUAUCUCACGGGGCGCUGUUGGCUAAGAGCUGCCAAGCUGCCAUGGAGCUGGCACAACACGACAGCAUGUCCCAAAGAUUGGCGUACAUGUACGGCAAACACCUGUCUCUUGGCCAUAAGCUACACUCUGACCUGCAGCCAUUUGUGAAGAGCAACGUGGGAGACCAUGUGGCCUUCAGUUUUAGCUCCGCCCCGGUGGUUUUUCACCGUGACAUUGUUGGCCAGGAGCGAUGGCAGCAGCAACUGCACCAGGCAAAAACAAGAAACCAGCUUGAUUAUUCAAAGCUCUUGGCGACGGUGAAAUCGGAGAAAGGCGUGAGCUCGGCAGUCAAUUUAUGCUGUUACCAUGGCAACAAGGCUCUGGAGGCCAUUCAGGCUUUCCCCUCCUCCGAGGCUCGAUCGGCUUUGGAAAACAUCGCCUCAGCCGUCACCAAAUUCUGACCUGGAUUCACUGAAAUGUACAAACACACACACACACACACACUUUGUGACUGGUGCUAUUCCUCGUGCAGAGGCUAGAAAAUGGGAGCCACAGAAGAGAUGACAUGACUUAAAAAAUGUUUUCAUUAAAAACUAAUUCAUGUAAAAAAAUAUAAAACGUUUUUUUUAAAAUAAUUAACCAAACCAAGUGCUCUCUUAUGGACUAAAAUCAUCUCUUCAAUUUUAUGAAUGGCUACAACAGCAUCAUUCUUUUAUUCCAAAAAUAAAAACACCUUAUUUUAGUUCAGUGUCAUGCUCUGAGUUACCUCCUGUCCUUUAUUCUGUUUAUUAUUACCUUGCUUAUUGAUAGCAAUGGGAAAAUGACGCCUCAGUGAGUGUGUAGCACACUCACUUGCUGUAUGGACACUGCACGGACAGUGUUGCUGUUUCACAAUGGCAUCAACUGCUGGAUUAAACAAAGUCACUACAUUAGACCUGCAAAUUGAAUUACCUUUUGUAUUCAACAAAUAUUUGUUAUAUUCCGCCAACCGAGACACUGAAAAGAUGUGAUAUUCUUUGGGCUACGGCCGAUUUGGACGAGUUCGCUCACUGCAGGUGCUGCAAGUUCAAAAUGUACUUUGUGUUUCAUGCCGGAAGUAUGUUAGUCCAUAGCGUUUCUGCUCGAAAGGAUUCUGCAUUCAUCACUCCAAGCAACGUUUGUAAAUUUUACAAUAUAACUAAAACAAUUCAUACUUACUAAAGCAUCUCGUGUGAUGUCUGUAGGAGUGUUUUCAUGCAUAUUUGUACGUGCUAUUGAAAUGUAAUCAAGCUAGCGUUGUUAGCAUUAGCAAAUAUGCUAACACAUUUACAAGUGUCUGUGUUAGUAUUAAUAACUCACAAUGGCAUUCGUUUUGUAUUGUUUCAGUUUCAUAAAUUCACCAAAACGUCAUUGUGGAGUUUUUUAGUCUGUUUAGCUGACUGGAGAGCUAGAUUCUGCAGCUAGUGGGUCCAUGUGAAUGACUUCUGUCUUGUUUGAUUUGACUUCUGUCUUGUUUGAUCAGCCGUUUUAGUGCAAUGUGACCACCAUUUGGAAACAAUUAAAGUAUGCAAUCUUUCAAACCAAUAUAUAUCUGCGGCUAAUAUAUGUAAAAAAAAAUGUUUUUCUUCUCAAAUUCGGUGGGUCCUUCUUAAAUUGUCUCUAUAGUCUGGAAAAUUUGGUAGGAGCAUUUUUUCCCCCAAACAAAUGGCUUUGCAGAAAGGCAUAUUGAACACACAACUCUGGUCAAUGAGCCAAAUAGUAAACAGGAAAAUAAGUACAUUUACCUGGUGAUAUAAGAUCAAAAUGAUCUCACAAUUUGGAAUUUUCCCCUUUUAUUAGUUCCAUUUAGAUUGAUGGUGGCGACAAUGGCCGAUGUCAAACACAGCACGCCACUCCUCCGACUUCAUAUAGUACGUACUAUUGCUCGUGAGACGGCGCUUUGUGAUAAACACAGUUUGGUGCUUUACAUUUAAACGACACAGCAGCUGUAUGGGUCACAUGUUUUUUUUCUUAAAGUGACACACAUUGUCACUACUGAAUUUUUCGGAUAAGUCGCAGUUUUUUUUCAUAGUUUGGCCGGGGGUGCGACUUAUACUCAGGAGCGACUUAUGUAUGAAAUUAUUAACACAUUACCGUAAAAUAUCAAAUAAUAUUAUUUAGCUCAUUCACGUAAGAGACUAGACGUAUAAGAUUUCAUGGGAUUUAGCGAUUAGGAGUGACAGAUUGUUUGGUAAACGUAUAGCAUGUUCUAUAUGUUAUAGUUAUUUGAAUGACUCUUAUCAUAAUAUGUUUCGUUAACAUACCAGGCACGUUCUCAGUAGGUUAUUUAUGCGUCAUAUAACGUACACUUAUUCAGCCUGUUGUUCACUGUUCUUUAUUUAUUUUAAAUUGCCUUUCAAAUGUCUAUUCUUGGUGUUGGGUUUUAUCAAAUAAAUGUCCCCAAAAAAUGCGUCUUAUACUCCAGUGCGUCUUAUAUAUGAUUUUUUCCUUCUGUAUUAUGCAUUUUCUGCCGGUGCGCCUUAUACUCCGAAAAAUACGGUACUUAUGUUUUUUAUAAGUUGUCAAUGUUUCAGUAUUGUUUGACCCUUCCCUUCUUAUUUGGGUCGGACCAACAAAGUGGAACAUUACAUCGCCUGUCACCCAAAAUCCACAAAAGAACAGUGUUUUUGUUUUGUUUGAGGGGUUUGAAAAACAUUGCGACCACUCACAUGUCAAUAGUCAUAUCCACAUGGAAACUGAUCACUGGGUUAAAACAAUGUAAUACAUAUGCCACACUUACAUGUGGCGCUGUAAACAGAGAGAACCACCAAACACCGGGGAAAAAAAGAGUACUUGCACAUUAUGGCGGCGUAUUGAUUUCACAGAGCGCAUCACAACGUUUGCUGUUUCCUACAACAAUAACAACACCACCACUAAUCAUUGCAGACUUCAUGAGAGCCAACAACGAAUACUUUGGGACAAAUUAUGACCAGAACCAUAUAUUUUUUAGCCUGAAUAUACGGAGAAGUUGGGUGUUGGGUAGAUCUUGUUAAAGCAAAACACCAAGCAUCAUGUAGCAGUAUUGCUAAGUGUUAAACAAGAAAUACAAACUGCAGACAUAAUAAAACGUGUUACGAAAAGUAGUUCCUCUGCG